AUGGAUGUAAGACUUCUUAAAUAUGAUAUUUUUGCAUCUCCUGUAGCAAAUAAACCUUCAAAGGGAUAUCUUCCAAAAUUUGGUGAUAGAAGCUUGACUUCAUUAUUGAAGUAUAAAAAUGAAACAAUAAAAUAACCAAUCCAUUCUAAGAUAUUCAAACCAUAUGGAGAGGAAUCAGAAACAAAAACAUAAUAAAUCAUGUAUACAACUGCAAAGUUGUCUUAUUCAAGUUCUGUGAAAAAUAUAAAUAAAUUUCCAGAAGUUCAAUUAGAUCCAAAGGCUGUUAAAUUAUUAGGAUAAGGAAGACAUUAUUUAAGAAGUGAUUAUUAAACAAAAAGAAAAUAAUAAGAAGAGAAAUAAAAUAAAAUUAGAAAGAAUCAUUCAUCUGAUUAUUUGAUGUAAAAUAUACAACUGAAGUUUUGUGAGAAAUCUGUAAAAUCAUAAUUUAAAGCUAAUCUUAUUUUCUUUAAGAAAACAAAAAAUAUUGCAGCCUAGAUUUAAUUAUUGAAAAAAGAAGAAGAAAGAAAAUCAAUGCCUGAUCUAAAAAAUGAGAAUUAUGAUUCAAGAUAAAGAAAAAUAAAAAUACCUGUUUAGAAAUAAUAACAUACUGAUCAUUCUAUGUUUUCAAGCACUUUUAGAGAUAACUUUUUGAAAAGCCAAAGGAGUAAUAUGCAUCCAAAACCAGUUAGUUAAGAGAAAUCUACAAGACAGGGACAUAAAAAGACUCAAUCUGUCUAGUAAAGCUUAUUUAAUAAUAGUUAGAACUUAGAGUCAACUGGAAGAAGGAAAUAAAGAAGUGCCACUUUUCAGCAAUAAUUAUCAACCUAAUAAUUGA